CCUACACAAGUUCACAUUCUGUGCUCAUCAUAAUAUGGUCAUAUAUUUUCAAAAAACAUGUGUUUUGUGUUUACUGCAUUAUCAAAGUGAAGUUGAAUAUUAGAAUACAAAUUGGUAGUGUUUUUGCAUCUCGUAAUACUAUAAAGCAGCAAUAAUUUAGCAAGAUUAAAUUGGAACUGACACCCAAGUCUUUACAAAUUUUUUAAUCUACCCACAAUAUUUUUGUUUUUUUUGCGUGCCAUAAUAAUACUUUUGUUAGUUGUCAAAAUCAGUGUUGCCUGUAUAAUAGUAUAAUUUUUUUACCAUAAUGGCAAAGUGUGGUGGAUGCGGAAAAUUUUUAUCGUCUUUAACAUCCGACUCAGUGGUAUGCUGCCGUUGUAAAUCAUGUUAUCACCGGGACUGCGUUCGUCUGAAUCGCAAUUCUAAGAUUAUUCAGGACUGGACAUGCCCCUCAUGUAAUUCCAAAUUGCCACGCCAGGAUAAUACUGAUACGCCUGUGAAGGGUCUAGAAGCUUCUGUGGUUGAACCUCCUGCCUCUACGGAAACUACACCCAAAAAAAAUAUUGUAGAUGCUGCACUGUUGGAAAUGAUUCGUCUUGAGGUGCAAUCAGCAAUUUCAUCACAAAUACCGGUAUCAGUUAGCUCAUCUUUUGAGAAGGAAUUCGCUGACUUGAAAAAAGAUAUUUCUCUUAUACGUGAAUUAAAGGAAUCCGUGGAAUUUAUGAGUAAAGAAUUUGAGCUUAUCAAAUCAGAGUUUCACAAUAAUAGGGAGAAAAUUAAAACAUUGACUGAAGACAAUAACAUUCUAAAGUCUAAUGUAAGCGACUUAUCAGUCAGGCUUGCGCUUCUGGAACAGUAUACACGACAGCAGAAUAUUGAAAUUACGGGCAUACCAGAAAACAAAUCCGAAAACUUGGUUAAGACUGUCCUUCAGUUGGGCACAGUGAUAUCGAGUGGCAUUACCGAUAAGGAUGUAAUAUCCGUCUCUCGUAUUAGAAAAGUCAAUAAUAGCAGUAAUAGACCGCGAUCGGUUGUUGUAAAGCUAAGUGAUAUUAGAGUCAGAGAUGAAAUAUUGGCAAAAGUUGUUAAAUAUAACAAAACACAUGCUGAUAACAAAUUAAACUCGCACCAUUUAGGAUACAGUGGUGCCAAAAGUUCUGUUUAUAUUUCCGAGCACCUUUCACCUUUAAACAAAGCUAUACAUGCUGAGACUAGACGGAUUGCCCGAGAAAAAGGAUAUAAAUAUGUAUGGGUUCGUGAUGGCAGAAUCUUGAUUCGUAAAAAUGAUGAAUGCCCUGCCAAACAAAUCAAAAACAUGGAAAUGGUACGACUUUUGUAG